CUGAAUUUUCCCUUGAUGGUUUGAUUCCAUGUGUCUUCCUCACCUUGUCUCUCUGCUUACAUGCAGUAUUUAGGCAGCCGAAAAAUCUCGUACCCACAACCUUCACCUUCGUACUUCAUCCUGAGCAAUGUCUGAAUCUACAUCUACAGCCACUGCAUCAGACCCGGCCUCUCUCAAGGGGUUCACCUGGUGGAGAAGAAAGAUUACCUACCAGACGGGUUUGGGACUCACUCCCGAGGCGAAAUUGCAGUUCGAGACAGAUCUCACCAUAAAGACACGCGAAGAAGACUGUGCCAGAUGCUACACGUACCGCGACCAAAUGAUGCAGACAUCACCAAUUGUGCGAUUCAUGCUUGAAAAUGCGCAGAAGGUGGGUGCCAACAUUUCCGAUGCCAACAUCGUGUGCGACUAUUGCCCGGAACUUAUGGGCGGCGGGUUCCAUCCCGAGUUGGGGAUUGUUUUAUGCCAAAACCGCAUUUUGAGCAAGACCCACCUCGAAGACACGCUCACACAUGAGCUUGUCCAUGCAUUCGACCACAACAAAUUUAACGUCGACUGGUUGGAUUUGAGACACCACGCAUGUUCUGAGAUCAGAGCGUCAACCUUGUCGGGGGAGUGUCGCUUGUGGAACGAGAUUAAGAAGACGGGGUUCGGCGGAUUCGGCAGGAAGUUUCAAACCUGUGUCAAGAGAAGGGCUGCUAUUUCGGUGGCCGCCAACCCCAACUGCAAGGAUAAGGAGCAGGCCGAGCGUGUCGUGGAUGAGGUGUUUGAGUCGUGUUUUAAGGACACUAGGCCGUUCGACGAGGUGUAUAAAUAG